UAUAAAUAUCACAUCCAAACGACACUGCACACAUCUUCACUGAGAAAAGGUGCAUUCAAACAGCCAUUAAAAGAAUUCAGAGGUUUCUCUUCCUCAUCAGUGAUGGAGCUGAAGUUGUGGUUUUCCUUUCUGUUGUUACAUGUGAUCCAUGCCCAGUCCUCUAAAGGCCAAUGGUCAGCAAACGUACCGACAAAGAUUCCUGUCCUGCAGGGCUCCUGUGUGGUUAUUCCCUGCAUUUACAAUUACCCCAAGCCCACCUCAAAGCGGCCCCUGUCCAGGUGGAGAGGAUUCUGGAUGAAUAAUAAGAAAAAGGUGGUCUCAACCAAUCUCCCCAAAUGGAAACUGUCUGAGGAAUACAAAAAACGCACCCAGUUUUUGGGAGAUCUUAAAGCACGCAACUGCACCAUGCUGCUGGAUGGUGUCAGGAAUAGUGAUGUUGGCCCUUUCUACUUCAGGAUUGAAAUGCCGCAAUACAGAAGCUUCUCCUACAAAAAAUAUCCAGUAACCAUUGAUGUUAAACGCGAACCAGAGCCUCCAUCUCUGUCUGUGGAGGUGAAUGAUAAAGUAACCGCCUCCUGCUCUGUGUCUCACUCCUGCCCAACGAUUCCCCCCCAAAUCUCCUGGAGCCAAUCUGGAUUCAUCACCCGGCGAUCAAAGAGGCUGAAUUCGUGGAAGUGGGAGACGGUGUCAACCCUGAUCUUUCUCCCUCGACCCAGGGACUUUAAUAGGCCUUUGAACUGCACAGUGCGGUACAGAGGAGGGAAGCUGGUGACAAGCUCCACGAUUCUCAGAGUAUGACGUAAGCUCAGUGCAUGGCCUAAAUAUCACCCUUUAAUUCUGCAUGGUAAAUUAAUUCAUGUGUCAAUAAGUUUCACAUCUAUAGUUUAAUGUCUCUCAGCUACUAGAUUUGUACAAGUUUACUCUCCAUACAGACGUUGAGCUGAACAGAAAUACUACCCUGAAGUAGUAUGAAGACAGAGAGAUACUGUUUCACCAAAAGUGAACUAUAAGUCUUCGCUCUGAAUUAAGAAACACAAUCAGUCAGUUAACACUUCACUGCACACUGUAAUGUAAUUUGAAAGACCUCUUUAAUCAGUGUCCCUUUCAUGAUCAGUUAAUUACCACCUCAUAUCUGGUGUGUUUACUUCAGUAAUGCUUCACUGUUUAAGGCUUCUAUUAGUAUGAUUUAUGGUGUCUUAUUAAAAUCAAUUACCAUCAAAUGAUUAAAUUGAUUGUGUAAAAUCAGGAGGUCAUGAUGGAUAAAUAUGUGUCCUUGAAUUUCAGUAUGAAUAUGUAUAAACCAACACAGUUUUGUGAAAAUGUGUAAUAAAUGUAGUGAUAAAAAAACAAA